AUGAAGUACAAUCCCCGCGUCACCAGCUCUAGGCGGAAGAACCGCAAGGCUCACUUCACCGCGCCGUCGAGCGUGAGGCGGGUGUUGAUGAGCGCGCCCCUCUCCUCAGAUCUCCGCGCCAAGCACAACGCCCGAUCCAUGCCGGUGCGCAAGGACGACGAGGUCCAGGUGGUGCGCGGGACCUACAAGGGCCGCGAGGGCAAGGUUGUCCAGGUGUAUCGCCGCAAGUGGGUCAUCCACAUUGAGCGUAUCACCCGAGAGAAGGUCAACGGUUCCACGGUCAACGUCGGCAUCAACCCAUCCAAGGUGGUCAUCACCAAGCUCAGGAUCGACAAGGACCGCAAGUCUCUGCUCGACCGCAAGGCCAAGGGUCGCGCCGCUGCGGACAAGGACAAGGGCACCAAGUUCACCGCCGAGGAUAUCAUGCAGAACGUUGAUUGA